CGGCUACUUUAUUUAAUUUAGAACGCCGACGUAGCUCUCUCGACGACGGCGCAACUCGCGGACAGACCUGCGGCUCCUGCAUGUGGUUCUCGCAUGUUUCAACUGUGAUCGCGGCUUAACACAACCGUACCGCGGAGACCGAUUAAUAAAAGAAACCGUGCCGCGCUACGUCCAUAUCAUUUCAGGACGGUACAGAUUUGGGACGAAAUCGUAAAACCAUGAAGUGCCUGUUGACGAUCGUUAUUCUCGUGACUGCUGCCUCAAUCAUCAAGGCGGAAACAUUCAAAGUCACCGAUCAGGUGUACUUUGAUAUCAUGAUUGGUAGUAAUCCAGUUGGAAGAAUUGUUAUUGGCUUGUUCGGCGGUAUCGCGCCGAAUACGGUGAAAAACUUUAUCACUCUUGCUACCACUGGCAUAGAAGGAAAAAAGUAUGAGGGGACCAAAUUUCAUCGCGUGAUAAAGAAGUUCAUGAUACAAGGUGGCGAUGUCGAAAAAGGCGACGGAACUGGCUCCAUCAGUAUUUACGGUAAAUAUUUUGACGAUGAGACUUUUGCGGUAAAGCAUAGCGGACCGUUGUUUGUCAGCAUGGCGAAUGCUGGAAAGAACACCAACGGCUGUCAAUUUUUCAUCACCACCAUAGCGACACCUUGGCUAGAUGAUCACCACACAGUAUUUGGAAAAGUGGUCAGCGGUGAAGAUGUGGUCUUCAAAAUCGAGCAGACGAAAACGGAUAGCGCUGAUGUUCCACUGAUCCCUGUAGUAAUUUACAACAGUGGAACUCUCCCAACAGAACAAUAUACUAUAUCAGACAAUCCUUACGAGUAAUCUAAUGUUUUCCAUGCGAUAUUAUUAUUAAUUUGCACCCUUUCCUAACUUUUCCGUAGAUCCAUAGAAUUAUUAUGUUCCAUUGUUUUAUUUUAGACCAUGUUUAAUUACAGACUAUAUGUUAGUAAUGUUUGCGCAACAAUUUUGCAGAUUGUAAUUAUCACAACAAUGAUUAAUUAAUUGAAUAAUCUCAUGUAUAAGACCGAUUGUAUAUUUAUGCGCUUUUCUGUAGACAGUUAUAUUUCUCAUGACGUUUAAUAAUAAUUUAUAUUUUUUAUUGCUCCAUAUGUUUGCGUGAACAAAAAGACUGAGUAGAUACAAACAUAAAAGUAGAUAUUGAAAUUGCAGUAUGCUUACGCACCAUUAGAUGUAUAUUUGAAAAUAUAUUCUUUCAUGCAUUAUUCAAC